AUGCCGCCAACACUACAGCACGUUCGAAAAUAUGUGCAUUUGUUAUUAUCAGACAGGCGCUACUUCUGGUGGCUUGCUUCGCUCGUGAUAAUCGGGGACUUUGUCUUGUCCCAGCUGAUCAUCCUCGUUGUUUCUUACACAGAGAUCGACUGGGAGACGUAUAUGAUUCAGACUGAGGUGUACAUGAAGGGUGAACUGGACUACUCCCAGAUCUCGGGCCCACCGGUCCGCUUGUGUAUGCUAUACCCUGCCGGACAUUUACACAUACACAAAAUUCUGCAUGCUUUCACAGACGGGGGCCGCAACAUCCCCCAGGCGCAACAGAUAUAUGCCGCUCUGUACACUGUUUCCGUCGCGCUCACUUGCACCACGUAUUGGCUGGCGGGUGGCGUGCCAAAUUGGAUCGUGCUCCUGUUGCCUCUCAGCAGGAGACUGCACUCGAUCUAUGUUCUGCGACUUUUCAACGAUUGCUGGGCCGUAGUCUUCGUGCAACUGUCCAUAGUUGCGUACCAAACAGGCUUUGACGAUGUCGGGACACUUCUCUUCAGUGCAGCUCUUUCUGUGAAGAUGUCGAUAUUGCUGUAUGCCCCAGCGCUUUUGGUCUUGAUCUUCAACCGGCUUGGAGCCCUGGCAACCUUCCGCCACGUGGUGACUCUGGUCGCAUCGCAGGCUAUGAUCGGACUCUCCUUCCUCGAGUAUGACCACUGGGCAUACCUGAACUCGGCGUUUGAACUCUCUCGCGUGUUCCUGUACAAAUGGACUGUGAACUGGAGAAUGGUCAGCGAGGAAACAUUCUUGAGUCGUCCCUGGGCCAAUGGGCUACUUCUGGGCAUCUUGGCUGCUUGUCUACUUUUGGACUGUUCGUGUGGCUCAAAAAGAUGGAGGCGUCUGGCAGGUCCUCAGGCGAGGCUUGAUGAAACCCGACGAGCCUCCGCAUCGCGCGCCCAUAACCGCCGAUUAUGUGGCAACCAUUCUCUUCACCUCCAACCUGAUCGGCAUCAUAUUCGCCCGAUCCUUGCACUACCAGUUCUAUGCCUGGUAUGCCCAGCAGCUGCCAUUCCUCGCUUGGAGGACAAAAUAUCCGAUUCUCGUCAAAAUCGCCUUGCUACUUGCCGUCGAAUAUGCGUGGAACAUCUUCCCGUCGACUCCCAUGUCUUCCACGGUUCUUCUCAUCGCAAACUGCGCGCUGCUGGCCGGAAUCUGGACGGGAUAUCCGAACGGCAUUGCCUGAUGACAUAG